UACAUAGAUCGACGAUCUAGUGGGAGGGGAGAGACUUAGAGAUGGAGGACAGAAGGAGUAUUAAUGAAUUUCCAGAAUCAUAUCCAAUGAAUGAAGGAGAUGGAGCUUACAGCUAUGCUCAAAAUUCCAGACAUCAGAGAAGAUGUAUUGAAACAGCCAAAGAAAGUAUCAAGGAGGCAAUUGUCAAGAAAUUUGACAUCAAGACCCUUUCUGCACCUUUAAACUCAAUUUUUGUUGCAGACUUGGGUUGUUCUACAGGACCCAACACCUUUCUUGCAGUGCAAAACAUUGUAGAUGCCAUAGAACUCAAAUACCAGCAAUCAGAAAAUGAGAUCCCAGAAUUCCAAGUUUUCUUUAACGACCAUGCCUCCAAUGACUUCAACACUCUCUUCAAGUCCUUCCCACCAAACAGAAACUACUUAACCGCUGCGGUGCCAGGCUCUUUCUACGGCCGCCUAUUUCCCAAAGCCACUGUUCACAUUUUUCACUCCUCUAAUUCGCUUAACUGGCUCUCCAAGGUGCCCAAAGAGAUUACGGACAAAACUUCUCCUGCAUGGAAUAAAGGCAGGAUACAUUACACAAAUGCUCAGAAAGAAGUUGUGGAAGCCUAUGCAACUCAAUAUGCCAUGGACAUGGAGUCCUUCCUGUGUGCAAGAGCAGAAGAGCUUGCCGUUGGAGGGUUGAUGGUGCUUCUCAUAUCUGCUGUCCCAGACGUCAUUCUCUCUUCUGACGUCACCAUUUGUACACAUCUAGAACUUCUGGAAUCUUGCCUGGUGGACAUGGAAAAAGUGGGAUUAGUUUCUGAAGCAGAACUGGACUCUGUCAACCUGCCCAUUUAUUUCCCAUCUCCUAAAGAGGUAAUGGCAGCCUUUGGAAGAAGUAAGCGUUUCAGCAUCGAGGGCAUCCAAGAGUUCGGUAACCAAGACAACCAAGUGAGCCUCCAAACGCUUACUUUGACCCUCAGAGCCGGACUCGGAGGAGUAUUUGAAAAGCAUUUUGGAAAUGACAUCGUGGAUGAGGUCUUUGAUCGCUUUUCUAAGAAAGUUGCAACCAAAUUCUUAAACCUUAAUGAGAACCAAAAAACAUUGUUACUGUCUGUCCUUCUGAAAUGCAAGCCAAAUGAUUAGAAUUGGAUUUUCUGGUGGCCAGAAAUACAAGAGCAGUGCUACGGAGAAGGAAAAAUUCCGGAUUUCAUCCGGAAUUUUGGCUGUGCAGUGGCAUUUUUGUAAUUAUUUACCUUCUCCUCAGUAUUACCCGAAAUUACAAUGCUUGCUGCGAACUAAAACUUUAUUUCAUGUAUUAGCUUAAUGAUGCAUAAUAAAGUAAGAAUAUUAUUCGGUCUUUA